ACGAAUAUAUCUCGGUUAACCAGUUUAAUACGAUCUUUCUGAACUUCAUCAUCGCAAGUUUGUUGUUGCACUGCAUCACAUAUACCGAAAUAAUGAAUUUGAUCGAAUAUAUAGGAUGUUUUAUAGCAUUUUUGAUAUUCUUAUAUUGGUAUACAACAGCGACAUUUAAAUUUUGGAUUGAACGUGGUGUAGCUGGUCCAGAACCAACAGCAUUUAUUGGUAAUUUUCGUGAUGUACUAUUUAGUAAAAUAUCACUCGGUGAAUGGCUUGCUAAAUAUUACCAUGAAUUUCCAAAUGAACCGAUGGUGGGUGUAUUUGUACGGCGAACACCACUUUUGAUACUUAGAGAUUUAGAUUUAAUAAAAGAUGUAUUUAUACGUGAUUUUUCAAAAUUUCAUGAUCGUGGAUUAAAAACAUUUGAACAUGCGGAUCCUUUGUCACAAAAUUUAAUAAAAUUGGAGCAUGCGAGAUGGCGCCCACUGAGAAAUAAAUUGUCACCGGCAUUUACAUCCGGCAAAUUAAAAGAAAUGUUUUAUUUACUUCGUGAUUGUGGUAAUUAUUUUCAAGAUUACUUAGAAAAAACCGUUGCUAAGGAUGAACCUAUUGAAGUACGUGAUCUUACAGCGCGGUUUACAACAGACGUUAUUGGAACUUGUGUAUUUGGUGUACAAAUGAAUGCUAUGAGCGAUGAUAAUAGUGACUUUCGUCGUAUGGGAAAAUAUGUGUUUAAAGUGAACUCAUUUAAAUUAUUUCGGUUUCGUGUACGUGAAUUAUUUCCGGCUGUUUAUAAAAUUAUUGGACCUGCUAUGAAGGAUAAAAUGGUUGUUGACUUUUUUAUGAACACUAUGAAGGAUGCUAUCGCGCAUAGACGUAAAUACAAUGUUGUAAAACAUGAUUUCAUUGAUCAAAUAAUGGAACUACAAGACAAUCCGGAUAAAAUUGAAAUUAAAUUAACUGAUGAACUAUUAACGUCACAGUUAUUUGUUUUCUUUUUGGCGGGAUUUGAAACUUCGUCGACGACAAUGAGUAAUGCGCUUUAUGAACUGGCGUUGCAUCAAAAUGUACAGGAUAAGUUAAGAGCUGAAAUUUUGGAUACGUUGAAAGCGUGUAAUGGUGAAAUUACUUAUGACAUCAUUAAGUCUAUGAAAUAUAUGGAUAUGGUAUUUAGAGAAUCCUUGAGACUCUAUCCACCAGCGACGUUAUUAGUGAGACGUGCUAACUGUAAUUACACCUUCUCUGGUACAAAUGUUACGAUACCAACAGAUAUGAAGGUAAUGGUACCAGUUCUAGCGAUUCAUCGCGAUCCUCAUAUUUAUCCAAAUCCAGAAGUCUUUGAUCCCGAGCGAUGGACACCAGAGGGCAGAGCUUCAAGACAUCCAUUGACUUGGCUGCCUUUUGGUACCGGACCAAGAAGUUGUAUUGGAGCAAGAUUUUCUAAUCAUCAAUCAAAAGUGGGUUUAAUUAAAAUUCUUGAAAAAUACCGUGUUGAUGUAUGUGAAAAAACAGACAUACCUUAUAAAAUUCAUCCAACUGGAUUUUUAUUAGCGCCAUUAAAUGGAAUCUAUUUUGUUGUGUUAAUUAAAAAAAUAAAAAUGUUAUUAGAAUUAACAUUAAUAAUUGUAUCAAUAAUAAUAUUUUAUUAUUAUUAUACAAAUAAUUGGAACUUUUGGUCAUCGCGUAACGUGAAUGGACCAAAACCUUCAAUACCUUUUGGAACUGUCAGUGACAUCAUGACCGGAAAACAUAAUUUUGGAACAUACCUCCAACAAAUUUAUAUGGAAUACAAAAAUGAUAAAUUGGUGGGAAUUUAUCAGUUACGUAAUCCAGUUGUGGUACUAAAUGAUUUAAAUUUAAUAAAAGAUGUUUUGAUAAAAGAUUUUAGUAAAUUUGUUGAUCGCGGGCAAACGAUAAAUGAAUCUCAUGAUCCUUUGUCAGUUCAUUUGUUUAAUUUAGAACCAAAGAGAUGGCGGUUACUGCGUUCGAAAUUGUCCCCGAUAUUUACAUCGGGAAAAUUAAAAGACAUGUUUUAUUUAUUACUUGAGUGUGCUGAUCAGAUGGAAAGUUAUUUAGAUAAAUUUGAAAAUCAAAUUGUUGAUAUGCGUGACAUCCCCGCCCGUUAUGCGACAGAUGUUAUCGGUGUUUGUGCUUUUGGGCUUCAAGCGAAUGCACUUGCGGAGGAUGACAGUUUGUUUCGUAAAAUGGGCAAGAGAAUUUUUGAAUUAAAUUUUAAAAAUGUUGGCAGGGGUAUUUUGGCUAAUUUCACCCCCGGGCUUUUUAAAAUAGUGGGUUAUUUUUUUCGAGAUAAAGAAAUGGUUGAUUUCUUUGUUGGUAUUACCAAGGACACGAUGGAUUAUCGCAAGAAAAAUGGUAUCGUGAGACAUGACUUUAUCGAUUUAUUAAUGGCAUUGAAGAAUCAACCGAAUAAAGUUGGUGAUAUUGAACUAACAGAUAAAUUAUUAGCAGCCCAAUUAUUUGUAUUUUUCGCUGCCGGUUUCGAAACAUCAUCAACAACGAUCGGUAACGCACUUUACGAAUUAGCUCGCAAUAAAUCGAUCCAGGAAAAGUUAAGACAAGAAAUUCGCAACGAAUUAAUUCAAACAAAUGGAAAAUUAACUUAUGACAAUAUCAAAAAUAUGAAGUAUCUAGAUAAAGUGAUAAAAGAAACUUUACGAAAAUACCCACCGCUGCCAUUUUUGACCCGCUGUUCAAUUGAUUCCUACAAAUUUACAGACACCGACGUGACAAUUCCCGCAAAUACUGAUGUCUGGAUUCCAAUAUACGGAAUCCAAAGUGAUCCUCAGUACUUUCCAAACCCAAAUCAAUUUGAUCCCGAGCGGUUUAGUGAGCAAGAAAUUAAGAAACGACAUGAAAUGACUUUUCUGUCGUUUGGAGACGGCCCGCGUAAUUGCAUCGGCGCACGUUUCGGAACUAUGCAAUCAAAAGUAGGAUUGAUAACAGUUCUGCGCAAUCAUACUGUUGAUAUUUGUGAUAAGACAGAUUUAAAUUAUGAGCUGAAUCGCCGAGGAUUUUUGUUGGUACCCAAAAAUGGAAUUUUUUUAAAUAUUAAAAAAUCUCCUUAAUAAUUUUAUAGAAUUUUAUUUAUGAAGGUAUAAGUCUAACUAAAUCAAUUUAAAGUGAAAAUGAGAACGACACUCCAGUCAAAAAAUUGUGCUUACGUGAAAAAUCCACUAUUAUUUUAGCGGUCUCGUUCUACCCGUCAUUCCCUUAUAAAAAUAUAUAA